CCAUUCAAAACAGUUGAUUUUAGAGAAAAUCACGUCUCCACCGCCGCCCCUUCUCUCUCUCUCUCUCUAAGCGGUUCACAAAAUCCGCCAUAGAUUCAGGCGUAGAGAAGCCUAAUCGGAGUCCAGAAACCCUCAAUUGCUUCUCACAUACAUAGCUUUAAAUUCCGCGGAAGAAAAAGAUCCGUACAGUAAUGGCCGGGUUGCAGAGGUCAACCACGUCAUUCCGGCGGCAGGGCUCGUCGGGCAUCGUCUGGGACGACAAGUUGCUGUCCACCCUCUCCAACGACGCCCAAGCCGACGGGAUAUUGUCCGGUCCUCGCCACAAAAGGGGAAUCCAACAGUCUCCGGCGCCGAUUAUUUUAUCCAGAAGCGGCACGGGAUCGAUCCAGAGGAGCCGAUCCAUCGGCGGCGGCGGAGGAGGGUUCCGCUCCAGGAGGGUGUCAACGGACAUAGAGCCGCCGUCUCCCAGGGUAUCCGCGUGCGGAUUCUGCGGCGUCUUCGGAAAACAGGAGAAAGUUCGCCGUCGAUCCAAGAUUCCCGCCGGGAUAAGGAGGAUUUGAGGGUUUGCCGGUGGCUGAUUCCGGCGAGCCGCCUGGGAUCUGGUGAUUGUUUGUUACUUUUCCACUGUUGUAAAAGCAUAUAAUAUUCAAGUCAUAACUACGAUGUGUCAGAAUUUUGGGGGAAAAAACAAAAAUUAAAGUUUAAAUUAUCUUUUUUUUAAUUUGAUUUUUUCUUCUUCUUUUUGAUAAGUGUAGAUUGCAUUUUCGUUUUCAUCUUUGAUGAAUGAAAAAGAUGAAUUUGUACGUGAAGUGUGACUCAAAUCUUAUCUUAAUGAAACUUUUUUAUUCCC